UGCGGAGCUUCCGAGAAGGAUGCUCCGCGCAGGCCUAGCUCGUCCUCCAGCCACGGAAGAGCCCGAAGGACCUGGGCGGGCCGAGGACGGCGGGCGCCAAUGGCCGGGCCGCCCCGCCCCGGCCGGCGACUUCCCGGGAUAGGCCCCGCCUCCUUGUCGCGCCGCCGUCCGGGUCUCUGCGCCGCACGCCCGUCGCCCGCCGGAGUCCCGCUGAGGUGCGCGGGCGCCGCCGCGGCUGCUUUGUCGCGGGUUCGGGGCCGGCCCGCCUGCGGCUGCGGGAGCCCAGCCCGGCCCGACCCGGGGACCCGGGAGUCUGUCGCCGACGUGUGCGGGCUGCAGCGGCCUGAGCUCUACGCGCAGGUUGAAUACUACAGGUACAGGCCGCGGAAGCUGGAAUAUUCUGAUGCUGAUGUGAUUAAACAAAAGAUCUUGAGAUGGAGAAAUUACCCGGGACUACCUGAGCGGACUGUAAAUGUAAUUACAGGUGUCCUUAUAAGAAGGAAACUGAGAGCGACUGGACGGCAGAACAGAAGAAAGCAGCGCUACAGCUAAGGAUAUGCUGCUGGCUUUGAAGACGGAGGAGGGAGGCAUGGAAUGAAGCUCUGGAAGCGGGAAAAGCUGAGACAGUUUUGAAAUGGCCUCAUUUACGUCAUGAAAAUUGAUACCAAACAGAGAUGCUUCCAUUCAAUUUAUCUUCCUCUUCGGAACACCAAAAGCAUUAGCAAGUCAGAUACAAAUUAGACCUCUCUUGAAUGUAAGCCUUAUGUCUGUCUUAUUCACUGUCGUGCGUCCAGGACUAAGGACAAUCACUAGCACAUGAACGUGAGCUCCACGAGGACCAUGACCUUCAUCUGUUUGUGCACCCCAAGUGCCGGGAAGGGAGGCCGGCAGCCAGAGGACCCUCAGAAGUGUUUGCUGAGAGAAUUGAAUCACAAGCGGAAGAAUCUGGAUGAUGAUCACGAACUGCCAUUUGCAGGCCUAAGCUCUUUAUCUCAUUUAAUCCUCAAAAUGGCCACAUGACAUACAUUUAUCUCCUCUACUUUUCGGAAGUCUGAGGAAUAUCACAUGACUGGAGGGUGACAGAGCCAAGCUGUGAACCCAGAGUCUGCACGUCCAAUUUCCCCACUAUUCUCAUACAUUCCUGGAGUGAGUAUGAAUUGGUGCAGCUUUUCUACAGGGUAAUUCAGCCUUAUAUAUGAACAGCUUUACAAAUACUCAUACCCUUUAUUCCAGAGAACGGAUCACAGAUACGCCCAAAGGCCUAUCUACACCAUUGUUUGUAUGGGUGACGCAUAGCGGUGAACUGAUUUUUUAAAAAUCAUGGUAUUUUCAUUCAAUGGAAGACUAUGUAGCCAAUGCUGAUGGAAGAGUGUAUGAUGACAUGACAAAACCUCCCCAGCAAACAUUCAGAAGAAACAACAAGGACAACAUACCAGGACACACAAUUGUAGACACAUGAUGAUGCCCCAAUUUUUAAAAAUUACAUUAUUUAUGCUGGAAGGAUGACACCAGAAAGUUAAUAGUGGUUCUCCCUAAAGGUGUGACCAUGGGUGAUUUUUAUUUUCUCUGUACAUUUCUGUGUAACUUUGUGUGUGUGUGUGUGUGUGUGUGUAACUUUUUAUUUUUAUUUUUAUUUUAUUUUUAUUUUUA